AUGAAAAAAAAAAACUUCUCUUUCACUCUCUAUCUCUUUCUUUCUCUUUCUUUCUUCCUCUUUCUCUCUUUCUUUCUCUCUAUCGCUUUCUCUCUUUCUUCCACUCUCUCUUUCUUUUUCUUUCUCUCGCUUUCUUUCUCUCCCUCUCUUUCUUUCUCUCCCUUUCUUUCUCUCACCCUAUCUCUUUCUCUGUCUUUCAUUUUCACUCUCUCUUUUUCUAUCUCUUUCUUUGUCUCCAUCUCUUUCUCUCUCUUUAUUUUUCUCUCUUUCUCUCUCUCCAUCUCUUUCUCUCUCUUUAUUUUUCUCUCUUUCUCUCUCUCUCUCUCUCUCUCUCAUUCUUUUUAUUUCUCUCUCUUUCUGUCAGUUUAUUGUUUCCUUUCAUUGUCACCACAGUCUUUUUUUCUCAUCCACAUGUUAUCUCUCCAUUUUGAUUUGAUUUCAACGCAAUUGGAUCAGACACAUUCUCCGAGUCUCUCCCUCCCUCUCUUUCUCUUCUCUUUGUUUCCUUUCUUCCUUUCCACCUCCUCUUCUCCAAUUUUCCCUUUUCUACUCUUUUCUUCUCUUUCUUCUCUUUCUUUCUUUCUUUCUUUUUCCCUUUCUCGUUUUCAUUUUUAUUUCUUCUUUCCCAUUUUUCUUUUCCUUUCUUUCUUUUUUCUUCCCUUUUUUCGUUUUUCGUUCUUAUUUCUUCCUUCCAUCUGUCUUUUUUUUAUUUAUUCCAAAAUUUCGUCGUCCUUUUUUUUCAAUUUUUUCUUCUUCAUAUCUAUCUUUUUCGUUCUUUCUUUUAUUCUAUCUUACUUUCUUUUUACUUCUUUCACUUUUUUGCUUUCAUUUUUACUUUUUCCUUACUAUCUUUCUUUUUUUGUCUUUUUUUUUUUUUUUCCUAUAUCUCUUUCCCCCUUUUUCGCUUCUUUUAAAAUUUUUCCCUUUUCUUUCUUUUUUUUUCUUUCUUUCCAGGACUUCUUAUACUUCCUUUUUUUUUUUUUUUUACAAUUCUACUUUCUUUCUUUCUUUCUUUCUUUCUUUCUGCCUUGCUUGCUAGCUUUCUUUCUUUUUUUCUUUCUUUUUCAUUUUUCUUGCCUGACACAUGCCCACUGUCCCUGGGGCAUAUGUAAACAAACCGUCUGCCAGAACCUAUCUUUGCCACACCUCCAUUGA